AGAGGUUUUGGUUUGCCACCCGCGCCCGGCGCCGCUGAUAGCCUGAUGGGCGGUGCUGGCGCUGGAUUGGGUGGAAGUGGUUUAGGCGGUGGCCUGGGUGCUAGUGGCCUGGGCAGCGGUGCACUUGGAGGCGCUAGUCUUGGUGGUGGCCUUGCAGGUGGUAGCUUUGGUAGUGGUGGUGGUGGGGCUGGUGACGGUACUGCUGGCGGCCUUGGCGGCAGUGGUUUUGGAGGCUUCGGCCUAGGUGGCGGUGGUCUUGGUGGUCUUGGUGGUGGAAGCGCGAGCGGCGGCAGCCUGAACAGCGGGCUGGGCACGGGCUUAGGUGGUGGGCUGCCUGGCAGUGGCUUAGGUGGCACUGGUUUGGGUGGAGGGCUGGGUGGCGGUGGCCUAAUUGGUGGUGGAUUAGAUGGUUGUGGCGGGGUCACUGGCGGCUUAUGUGCUGGUGCCAUAGCUGGUGGGGGCUUGGGCGGUGCUUUUGGCACAGGCGGAAGCCUGGUCGGUGGCUUGGGUGCCAGUCCUGGGUUAGUACCUGGAUUUGCUGGAUCUUCUGCACUUGGAGGUGGUGGAACUCCACUGGAUGCCGCUCCUGGCUUGGGCGCUGGCUCGCUUGGAGCCCCUGGAUUUGGUGGCGCGCAGCCGCCUGCACCAGCGUUCACAAAACUGAGCACUGAUCCGGAGACUUUGCACCAAGCUUUUCACUACACGGACAUUGCAGCUUUUCUACUGCAACCUCCCCAGCCUCACGCGGUUGAAGACUGUCGCGAACUUUGCCGGCGAAACGAAACCUGUGCAGCCUGGGAGGUGUGCGCGCCUUUGGGUGAUGGCUGCGAUGGCUGCUACUUGAUCUCCCGCGCACCCCGCCGCUGGGAUCAGCGGCAGGGCUGGCACGCAGAGAUCUUGCCAGGCAGGGAGGAGUUGGGCUGGAACGGCGGCGAGAAUGACGUCAGCUUGGCAAAUCUCACGAAGGAGGGUUGCAAAGAGUUCCUGCUGCAAGCGAACGGAGCGGAUCAGAGCGUGCCGUUCCACGAGCCGGCGAUCAUGCAGAAGUACGCCGCGUGCGGAUCCUUGGUUUGGGAUUCCGAUGGGCCCCGGGACUUGACCGUGGUUGGUCAUCACUGGCCGACAUUCUUGGUGACAAACUUCCGGGAGCCACCUAUUCUCCUACCCAAGGACGUGGAGACAGAGAUGCUGGCUUCCGCGCCUCGCGCACCUCGAAGCCCCUCGCCACUUGCCGCCGCGGCGCUGGCAGCCGCAGAGCGGCCAGGCGUCACAGCGCAGCUCCACGGCACUAUCGGGUCUCAGAACUGGGAGGACCGGAAGACCAAGGGUCAUGCUCCACAUGCGUUUCUCUUGCCCUUCUACGAUACCAACAUCGGACACUGGAUGAAGCAGCAUGGAUCGAUGAAUCCGCUACAGUCUUAUGAGAUGCAGUCCUUGCUUCAGGCAGGGGACACUGUAGUCGAUGUGGGUGCCAAUCUGGGUUGCUACACGGUCCCGUUUGCUGAGCGCGUCGGAGUGGCCGGCAAGGUCAUUUCCUUUGAGCCCUUUCGUUGGCUGCGCCAAGUUGUUGCGGCAAACGUGGCCAUCAACGGCCUCAGCAAUGUAUGGCUUCCACCAGUUGGGCUAAGCACAUCAAGGGCCAGCUUUGAGGCACGUCCGCCUCAGCUCAAGUUCUUCUCCUCCCCUGGCGGCAUGAAGCUCCAGCAGCAGCAGCAAGAUGCUAAGCCAGAAGAGGUCAUGCAGCUCUACGACUGGGAUGUUGCACCAGAGCGCAUUACUGUGUUAAGCCUCGAUGAAGCUCUGGGACUGGUGCCUUCUCCUGGUGUCGAGCUCCUGGGGCUUCCUCAAGUGGAUGACAUCAGGCUCAUCAAGAUUGAUGUGGAAGGGAUGGAGAAGGAAGUGCUUGCAGGGGCCAGGCGUGUUGUGCAGACCUUUAAGCCAAUUGUUUGGACCGAAAACGUCGCGUACUUCUCUUCAAACGGUCAGGACGUCUCUUUCCUGCAGAUAAUGGACGAGAUGGAGUAUGCGUGUGCUCAGGCACAGAACGCGCCAAAUGACAUUAUUUGUACCGACCGGCAGGGCCGGGGACAUCAAAUUCUUUAA